AUGUCUAUACAACAAUUGCAAAAUCUUGUUCUCCUUCGCCUUAGCUGGUGGAUAAAGGGAUGGGGGGAUCCUUUCCCGUACUCAAGCGAGGAUAUAAUCAGGAACCCAUCGUGCCUCCUAUGGGUAGCCUCCGAUGGCAUGGUUGGUUUAAACAGACCACCCAAAGUUAUUGUAUCAUGGAAUCCACCAAUCCCGGGUCAUCUUAAAUGGAACGUUGAUGCCUCAUUUAAACCCUCUCCAAGGAUGUCGGCCAUUGGAGGUGUCCUGCGGGGAAGUUGUGGCCUCUUCAAAUGCAUGUUCUCAAGUCCCAUUCCUCCAAUUGAAAUCAAUAGUGCUGAGGUACUAGCCAUCUACCGAGCAUUGCAGAUCACGGCUUCAAAUGCGACCAUCAAAUCUCAGCCUAUACUUGUUGAAUCUGACUCCGUGAACGCGGUCAAAUGGUGCAACGAUGAUACGGGAGGGCCAUGGAAUCUAAACUUCCAACUAAACUAUAUUCGCAAUGCACGAAAAGAAUGGCUGAACCUGUCAAUCACACAUAGAGGAAGAAGUGCAAACAUGGUAGCUGACUCAUUGGCAAAGCAAGGUCUUGUCAGAGAUGCCGAGUUCAUCGCAUGGUUAUAA